AUGGCUCCCACUUCCACACUCGCCGCGGCUUUGCUGCUCUCGGGACUCGCAGCCGGUCAACUUGAAGUGGGCUUUCGGCCACAAGCCCGCCAGGCCCCGCCUGCCAGCGGCUACACAGGUUGCGAUGCUCUCAUCGCAGCUGGGCUUUCCGACCGUGUCUCGUUCCCCACCGACACGGAAUACAACUCCAGCAUCGCCUCCUACUGGUCUGCCACAUCCCAAGCCCUUCACCCGUGGUGCAUCGUCAAGCCCAACAACACCGAGGAGGUCUCCAGGGCGUUCUCCGCUCUCGUCAACACCAGCGCCGCCGGCAACUGGGACAUUGCCAUUCGUGGCGGCGGUCACUCUCACUUUGCCUCGAACAACGUGGCUCAGGGUGUCACCAUCGACAUGAGCCGCAUGAACUCGGCGGUCUACAAGAACUGCAGUGGCACUGUAUCCAUCGGAGCCGGCGCCAGAUGGGGAACCGUCUACAAGGAGAUUGAAAAGUACGGCCAGACAGUCACCGGAGGUCGCGAGGGAAAUGUUGGCGUUGCUGGCCUGACCCUCGGCGGCGGCGCGUCUUUCCACACCGGUGUUCGCGGAUUCGCUUGCGAUGACGUGAAGAAUUACGAGGUCGUUCUUGCCGACGGUUCCGUCGUGAACGCCAACGCUGGCGAGAACCCGGACUUGUUCAAGGCGCUGAAGGGUGGCAGCAACAACUUCGGCAUCGUGACGCGCUUCGACAUGCAGACGUUUGCUGCGGCUCCGGGUGGUCUCUAUGGAGGCUUGAUCUUCAUGGACUAUGAGCACAAGGAUGCCGUCAUGAAGCAGUUUGUCAACCUGAUCGAGACCAACGAGAAGCACCCAGAGGACACUGAGGUUGUCACAUUUGCUUACUCCAGCGAGAGCUCUGCCCCUAUGAUUGCCGUCCAAGCCGUCAACACCGCUGGUGUCGCCAACUCGACGUCUUUCGCGCCGCUCGCUACCCUUCCUUCCUUUUUCGACGACAGGAAGAAGAAGACUUACGGCACUCUUAUCACUGACCAUACCAUGGCCGGUGGAGCGAGAAACGUGUGGUUCUCUCUCUGCUUCCACAACGACAUGGAGAUCAUGACCAAGAUGGCCGAGCUCUACGACAAGCUUCUCGCCGAACUCCAACUUCUCAUUCCGUCCCCGGACCUUCACCUCACUUUCGUCAGCCAGCCUCUGCCGAAGCACUUCGCGACCAAGGGCAGCGGCAACAACGUCUUGGGCCUCGACACCUCGUUGACGCACAACUCCAUCAUCUGGCUCGGCCAGGCACAGACGCGCACUGCUGAUCAGGAGGCUUUGGCUCACACCAAGCUCGCGGCCGCGGCGGCCGAGCUUGAGGCAUUUGCCGAGGGUAAGGGCAUGGCAACCCCUUGGCGGUACCUCAACUACGUCAACCCUGCUCAGGACCCUAUCAAGACGUACGGAGAAGAGAACGUCAAGUUUCUCAAGGAUGUUGCGGCAAAGUACGAUCCCACCGGUGUCUUCCAGACUAGGGUUCCUGGUGGCUUCAAGAUUUCCAAGGUGUCCUUAUAA